ACCGCGAUCGGAAUCGGUUGUGCUUUCUGUGCUCUGUAACAGGUCUCGAUCGGACCUCGCGCGAGUACGCGAAUUUGAGAUUUGUUGAUUUUUUGAGUUUUUUUAUAUAAUUGAAUUGAAGUUUUUGGAUUUUAUUUAACUCCUGUUGGAAUCAAACCGAUCAAUCGGGAAACCAUCGGGAUUCAAAAGUCGCGUGCACAGAGCUUGUGCGUUCGGGUGCGAGUGAUUGCGGAUUUGUGCACGGAUCUAUUUGGUGGAGACCUUUCGGUGCGGUGUUGUUUUUUUUGCUCUAAAGCGAGUGGCUUAUCUCGUUGGACAGUGCGCAAGGUGCCGCUGUGGCCUCCUGGAAAAUAGUGGUUGGAUCUAGAUAAAACAUCAAUCGUCGGUUUCGUGCUCGAGGUCAUCGUCUGUUUUACUGCCGUAUCGUAAUUUUUGAAGGUGUGAAGAUUCUGUGUUCAUAGUGGCUCAAAACCUGGUCUAUAGCCUAUAGAGUCGUAGUUUAUUGGUAGUUUGUUGCAAUAGUGAUUGGAUGUAGCCCGUCCAGGGAGAGGAAUCGAGUGAUUAUUGUGUGAAAUAGAGUGGAAAUCUAACCGAAAAGUUGGUCUGGCCUGGCUAGAACCGGAUACGGGCCCAGAAUAGUGAUUGUGGUAAGCCCCUUAGGGAGCCCGAGAAGUUGUGUUUCUUGAAUCAAUAAUUCUCCCGGUGUGGAAAACUCCUCCCACAACCCUCAGUACAAAAGCCACCCAACUGUCAUGGCCUUCCCGAGGGCCUCCAUCGCCUGGUCGGCACUUUUGGUGCUGUUCCUUGGGUCUCUGGUGCAUAGUGGAGCCCCGAUUCGGCCAGGGACUGGCAAUCCGUCGCCCAGACUACCACGCACCUCGGCCAGCCAACUGUCGGCCCAGAACUCGAAUGGGACAGCUACGCGCAACCUAGCGGCCAAGAAUCUCACCACCCAACAAGGCCGUGGGAACUACAGAACAAGAGAACAACAACUACUCAAUGUGUUCGAAGUGGUCAUCUCCACCCUGGAAGGCAAACUGCAACGGAUAGACAACCUGGACAAGGCGGUCGAACAUCUGAUGCGACGGGUAGAAUCGCUAGAUGUCAAAAUGGCAGAUAAUAUCCACAAAACCGAUGCAGUUAUCACGAAGCUUCGCACCCUAGACAGCAAACUGUCGAAUGAAGACGAACGGCCGAACAGCGUUCGAACGGCCAAAAGCACGAAUAGUCUGGAUAGUCGGCUUGUUUCUCUGGACCAGAAGGUCAGUGAUAUCGAUAACAAGUUGAAUGGGCUAAAGAAUCAGAUCGAUACCAACUUUUUGCCGUUGGAUGAUAUCAAUGCAGAAGCUAGCGAGAGAAAAACUGUCAGUAUGAACGUUGCCGAAAUAACGAAGGCCAUGCAAUCGGAAGUCAUUGGGCACAUCACUAAAGAACUCGGUCAGCUGAGAUCAAUUUCCGAAGGAAUCGACAAGAAGCUGCAGUUCCACAUUAACAUUGUAUCCGAGAAUCUCGGCAAGACGAUUAACCUGCUGAACGAUGUUCAUGACGCCGUUGUAGACUUCAACAAUUACAAAUUCAACACAACCUCGACACUGCCACCAUUCGUUAAGGCCAGCAAAAUUGAUAUCCUGGUGAAACAGAUCGGACCAAUAAUGUCCGUAUCAGAAAAAAUGGACGAAGUUUGGGAUGUCGUUGUCGGAACCAAGAGUUCGGUGGAUGAUUUGGUACCCAAAUCCGAUGCUCUAUUGACCCAGAACCAACGCCAGGAACGCGCUAUUGGAGAAAUUCAUCAUGAUUUGAAAACAAAGACCAAUUUGAUAAUCAACAAUCUGGACAUGGUUGAAAAGCGACUCAAGAAACAGGAAGAUGAUGUAGCCGUGCUUGCUCAGCGCCCCGUACCUGCAGAACUUCUGAUGGAUCCUACGAUUGAUCGGCUAGUCGAAUACGACCCUAACAGGUACUCAAUCGGUGAGGACUUCACGGAACCCCUGCCAACGACAACCUACCCAACUGUUUCGUCGUCAUCCUCAACGGCUAGCUCAAGCAGCACCAGCAGCACAACUUCAAGCAACAGCAUCCUAAACGGAAGCAGCACAACAUCCGCCAGCGUGGCCUCGGGAGUUCAGGCCGGAGGUAAAAAUGUCUCCCGCAAAGGUGGUAUCAUCUUCCCCAGUGUGAAGAACAAACCAUCGGUGCUGAACAACACCUUUGCCACUGAGAAUCUGCUCUUCAAGGACAUUAAAGGUUUCUCCUGUGCCGAUAUGAUGAACGCCGGAAUGCGCCAAUCGGGAGUCUACUAUCUGCAGAUCCGCGGCACGACGUACUGGUUCCUGAAGGUCUUCUGCGAGCAGGAAAUUGCCGACGGCGGAUGGACUGUCAUUCAGCGGCGUGACGACUUCGGGGAGCCACGUGAGAACUUCAACCGCGACUGGGCCGACUACAAGAACGGUUUCGGAGAUCCGGCCAAGGAAUUCUGGCUCGGUAACGAAAACAUCUACAUGCUGACGAACAAUGAAGAUUAUUCGCUGCGGGUUGAGCUGGAAGAUUUCGAGGGAAACAAAAGGUACGCGCAAUAUUCGCACUUCAAGAUUCACUCCGAGCAGGACUACUAUAAGCUGGAAAUCGACGGCUACGAGGGAAAUGCUGGAGAUUCGUUGAACGAUCCCUGGUACGGAUCCAACAACAGUCCAUUCUCGACGUACAACCGGGACAACGAUCGGAGCUCGCUCAAUUGUGCCAGUAUGCUUAAGGGCGGCUGGUGGUGGAAGAGUUGCGGCCGAGGUCUGAACGGCCUGUACCUGCACGACCCACAGGAUCUGACCGCCCGGCAGGGUAUCGUUUGGUUCCGCUGGAGAGGAUGGGACUACACGCUCAAACGGGCCACCAUGAUGAUCAAGCCUCGAGGACCUCAAGCCCAGCAACAGCAACAACAACAGCAACAGCAGCAGCAAACGGCCGGAUCGACGACGGCGUAAUUUCGGCGGAACUUCGAAAACUCCGUCUGAUUGCUGAGGAAGCUGAGCUCUUCCGGGGAGCUUAGAGAGAGAAAGAAAACGAACAACGGAUAUAUCCAAGUUUUUGUACAAAUCCUCUUCCCGCAAUUCAAACCUUUGUUUUUGUUUUUGUUUUCCAUUGAAAUUUUCAUCGAUACCCUCGAAAAUUCAACGCGACACGAUUUAGCGCAAUUUUCACCGCCAUACACCCAUGUAAAUUCAUUUUUCUUCAGAAAACUUUGUUAAAAGUGCACUAUCAACGCCCUGUAGUCAGGGUUGCAAUUUGCUGUAACGGUUGACGUCGUUAAUGUUAGAUUAGUUUCUUUUCGAAGUUUUGUACGAGAAACGUUCCGUUAACGUGAAUUCUGUGAUUUAGAUUUUGCUUGGUAUUCUACGUUGGCAAAAUUGCAACUCUGGCUAUCGGUUCAUCGACCAUUUCUAAAGCUUGCAAAGUGUACAUUAAAGUGCGCUGCCUAAAACUGUCUUCUAUCCAUUGCGUCCAUCCCACGGUUGAAAUCCUUUGUUGUAAAUGUAUUCUUAUUUUUAUGCUUAAUUUAUUACAUUUAAUUGAAAGAGAACGAGUGUAAGUACGAAAGAGCUAUACAUAAAUAGGGAAGAAAAAUUGCCACUCGUGUGUGCGCUGUUAGCAAAUAUCGAGAAAAAAGAUCAUAAUCUUAGUCUGGGAAACUGCGAUAAUGAAGCGCCGACAGGGAAUCAUCUGAAAUAGGGAUUCCGGUUCCAAAUCAGAUUUGUAUAUUGAAAAAAAUCGCAAAAGUACAACAACAACGCACCCUUAAAAAAAUGGCGGCGACAGCUUGUACUCCUUUUUCACGUAAAAAAAAACAAAAAAGAAGCACCAAGCGAUAUUUUUUUCUUAUCUUAACCUACAUAUAAACUUUGGCCUUUAUACGCAGACGAAGAGAAGAUAUUAUCUGAUGACGAACUGAAAGAGAUUGUUUUAAUUUAGAUAUUUUUUUGUUUUUUGUUCUAGGUAAAACAUUAGCUCACAUGCGUUGGUUUAAUUAUUCUAUAGAGUGAGGGUUGACUUGCGGGGAUCACAAAAUUCAACUUUACAGAUGCAAGCAGCAGUUAAAUUGGCUUAAUUUUUACAGUUCAAUAUCAAUAAAAAAAAAAUCUGUCAGGUGCUAUUUACUUCAUAGAGAUACAUUUUGGAUGCAGUCAACGAAACCCUUUUUUUAAACUCUAGCGACUACGUAGCUCACUCAGAACUGAAGCUUUGUCCCAUUCAAGUUUAGCUUGUCAGAAACAACCCUCAUUUAUCUUCAUCAAUUGUAGCUAGAGUUCCAUUAUAAACUCGCAAAAUUUCAUUUUGAUAAAGAAACGGAACAUUCAGCG